AAUACCUGGUAGAUCGAUUAAUUGAAUGCACAUUAAGUUGGUUAUACCUGCCUUUGUCACAAUGCUCAAAAUGUGGCACAACUCCUCCCAACCUACCUCUCAUUCAAUGCCUCAAAACUCUGCUUUUAAAACCAACCUUAUACACUUUCACAUUCAUACAUUUCAGACUUCAGAAAUCCUUAAUAUUUUAUUUUAUAUCCUUUUCAAAUAAUCCAAAAAUGGAUCCAUACAAAUUCCUGAAAAUAUCCCCAAACCCAGAUGGCACAAUUACCAGACUUACCCCUACAAUCUUAGUACCAACCACUGAACAACUAAAACAAGAAGAAAAACAGGACAGUAACCCUGAAACUAAUCAAAAUUUUACAGUAAUUUCUAAGGAUGUUCCCCUUAAUCAAACCAAGAACACCUUCCUUCGCAUUUUCAGACCUGCAGAAAUCGACUCAUCGAACAAGCUGCCGGUUAUAAUAUACUAUCAUGGGGGUGGUUUUGUGUUUUACUCUGCUGGAACUGUGUUCUUUCAUGAGUCCUGCAACCGUAUGUCAGCUGCUAUACCUGCUGUAUUCGUGUCUGUUGAAUAUCGAUUGGCACCGGAGCAUCGGCUUCCUGCUGCUUAUGAUGAUGCUGUUGAGGCUAUCUUGUGGGUCCGAGAUCAAGCUGUGAGCUGUAGUAGUGGUGGAGAAGGAAGUGAUCCUUGGUUGAAGGAGUGUGCUGAUUUUGGGCGUUGUUUUCUCAUGGGCAGUAGUUCUGGUGGCAAUAUUACUUACCAUGCAGCUUUGCGAACAUUUGAUCAUGAUCUAUCACCAAUGAAGAUAGAAGGGUUAAUAAUAAACCAAGCAUAUUUUGGAGGAGAAGAAAGAACAGAUUCAGAAUUAAGACUACUCGAUGACAAAAUCGUUCCUUUACCAGCUAAUCAUGUUAUGUGGUCACUUGCCCUGCCCGUUGGUGCUGACCGUGAUCAUGAAUUCUGCAAUCCAAUGGUUGAGAACGCUUACACUGAUAAGAUCGGACGGCUACCAAGGGUCCUGGUCAACGGGUACGGAGGGGACCCACUUGUGGACAGGCAGAAGGAAUUUGCUAAGAUGUUAGAGUCACGUGGAGUGCACGUGGUGGCUGACUUUGAUGAAGAAGGUUACCAUGCUGUGGAGUUGUUUGUACCUGAAAAGGCUCAAGCUUUGCUUGAUAAAGUUAAGAGUUUUGUUGGGUCUAAUGUUUCUCUUAGAUCUAUUAUGUAGGGUUCCAAAUUUGUGUGAUUAAAUGCUUUAUGGAUAUAAAUUAUGUAUGAACACUUAUCAAUAUGGGUUACAUGACUUCUAUAUCAGUCUCUGUUAUUAUUUACAAA